AAAAAAAGUUUGCAACUUCUUGCACGCACAGGUGUACUGGCAUCUGCAACCGGCGUCACGCCACGGCAUCUGUCGUGGGUCACGUGCGCACUUAACAUUCUGUCGUCGCGAAUGCCGUGAGAAAUUGUUGUACUUGUGAGCGAGUGCACGCUGUAUGUGUGCGAAUGACGCGAGCGAAGAAGAAUACCUGUUUUCCGACGAGCCCAAGGUUACCUCGCUCGUCGAGGCAUACUUUUAUUUUGUACUGCAGCGUUGACCAGCGCGGCUGUGACUGGGCAAAUGCGGAGUUGUGCGUAUGGAAGUGACAGCGGAGUUGCACAAAUUUGGCGGUAAAAUGUGAUUAAGAAUGAACUCGCGAAAUAUUGACUUUAUUGCUUCUAUUCAGCUUCGAAUGUGUUCGAUCUUACCAAUGGAAAGACUGAAUGGUAUUUCGGAUUAUUGCUUACAGUUCAGAGUCGUUUGUGAGAAUAUUAUUAAUAAAGUUGUCUCAUUUAAAUGAAAGAAAAAAAUGUCGUUGAAAAAAUUGUCUUGAUUGAAAGUAAGAUUCUCAGGAAGAGACCAGGAGAGACAUUCCCGCCUACUCAGACUAGCCGGAAUUAUCGAUCAAGUUCUGUCUUCUCGUCGCGGCAUCUGCGUCCUCGUGAAUUUGACGUUAGUGUUGCCAGUGGAGCGGCGUGCCUGAGGCACUAUCUAGGAAUGAUGACGAUUGUGUGCUUCGUGGAAGCAUCUUCAGUGAUCAUCUCUCUGUACGUCCACCCCCAGAAGAUUCCUUGAAACGUCGUGUGUAACGGAAAAGAAAAGUUGUUUUUGUCGGAAAUAAUGACAUUUGCAUUCCUGAAUCGGAUGCCGUGGUGAAAAAUUCCAGGACCUGGGUAAUUAUUUUUUCAUCAUGACAUCGAUUUUUCAUCUCAGAAGGCUGUGCUACAUAUUCCUACUGUUAGGCCUAGCCUACGUGGGAGUACUAGUAACACGGACUAAAUUUGGUCCAAUUGAUGAUGUAAAUCGAGAUGCACGUCUGAAAUCAGUUUCUCUUCUCAUGGACUCCUCUGCAGGAGAAGUUUGGAAAAAAUUAGCUGCGGGUGGCCAGGCAUGUCGACAUCCUCGUCUUGAUGUAAACAACCCUGCUAUAAUGAAAUUUAUUAAAGAUACCAAUCCGUUGGUAUGCACAUUGAAAGAAGAUUGGGUUCAAAUGAAUGGAAGCACAGCUCGCAUUACUGAUGAAGCUAGAGAACAUUAUGGUUACAUAGAAUGUGCUUUUACUGAUAUUUUUCGUGGAAGUGACCAUUCAACACAUGAUGGUGUUAUCACCCGGACUCAUACUGAAUAUAAUUUAGAAGAAACUGAUUUUAUUCGUGUGAAUUGCAGAUCAGAGAAGGGGAGCACGUGGCACAAUGUGAUGGCGGGCAUCCGGCAUGACCAGGACGUCCUGGACCGAACUGGCUGGGACAAGGUGCCGGAAGAUGGUCUGCACCUGAAUGUGCUCAUAUGGGGCUUUGACUCCCUGUCUCGCAACAUGUUUGCACGCAAGCUGCCCCGCACCCAUCGCUACCUGCGCGAGACGCUGGGUGCCUUUGAGCUGCAAGGAUACAACAUUGUGGGCGAUGGCACUCCCCAAGCCCUCAUCCCCAUCCUUACUGGAAAGACAGAACUUGAAUUGCCAGAAACCCGGAAACGAAUGGGUGAUAAAGCUUCUUACGUAAAUGUUUAUCCUUUUGCAUGGAAGGACUUUCGAGCCAAUGGUUAUGUGACAGGAUAUGCAGAAGAUUGUCCAAGCAUUGGAACAUUUACUUACAGACUAAAAGGAUUUGACGCCCCACCUACCGAUCAUUAUAUGAGGCCUUUUUACAUAGAAGCUUCGAAAGUGUAUUCGAAACAGCGCAAUUAUUGCCUUGGCUCAAUACCUCGACAUAAGGUGAUGAUGAAUUAUGUUCACGAUUUCUUCAAAGUCUAUAGAGACAAGCCAAAGUUCAUGUUUGCCUUUCAUGGGGAGUUAUCUCAUGACUCAUAUAAUAGGAUUGGAGCAGCAGAUGAAGAUAUGCAGCAGUGGUUACAAACAUUACUUGAAGAGGGCCAUUUGAAUUCAACCCUGCUUAUUGUCAUGAGUGAUCAUGGGCAUAGAUUUACUGAGAUUCGUAAUACUCAACAAGGCAAACAAGAAGAGAGACUACCAAUGUUUUCUCUGAUAUUCCCUCAGUGGUUCAUUCGAGCUUACCCUGAUGCUGUUGCAAAUUUGCGUCGAAAUAUACAAAGACUUACCACACCUUUUGACAUUUAUCCAACUCUACUCAAUGUUCUUCAUUUUGAUGGUGCUGGACAUGGUGAUAUUAAGAACAGAUCAAUAAGUUUAUUCAAAGAGAUUCCUGUGGAACGAACGUGUGCUGAUGCAUAUAUUGAACCCCAUUGGUGUGCUUGCCUAGAUUGGCAAGCUGUAAGUAUUUCCGACAGGAAAGUUGUACGUGCAGCUUAUGCAUUUGUUGAAUUUAUUAACAAACUUACUGAAGAACAGAGAGAAUUAUGUUCCAGGGUGAAAUUAGAUUCUAUUCUCUGGGCUGCUAAACUUGCACCCACCCAAGGUCUUCUACAUUUUCAACGUAAUGCAGAUUUUGAUGGAUUUGUGGGUGAUUUUUCUGCUCGAACAAGUUUGUCAGAAGAAAUGUAUCAGCUCAAAUUACUUGUAAAUCCUGGUGCAGCCCUCUAUGAAGUUUCUUUAACUCACAAUCUGAAAAAAGAUAAUUUCUCUAUAAAUGCAUCAGAUAUUAGUCGCAUCAAUCGUUAUGCACAAUUUGCAUACUGUAUUACAGAAACACAUCAUCAUUUACGAAAAUAUUGCUUCUGUCGUGAAAAAGGUCCAGAUGCACAUUAAAAUGGAAGAAAUUCAGAGAAUUAAGACUGUGAGGGAAGAGACUAGAGUCGUCUCUCCUGUUUAAUUCGUUCAGUCCAAAGGAACAUACGUAAUGUUAUCUUUGGAAAUGGCAGUGAUUGCAAUUAGAACAAGUGGUGCUGUGAUCUUUGUUGAAGCACAGUGUUAUUGUGUGAGAAAUCAAACAUAUACUGUUAAGAACAAGUUACUUUGUUAAUUGAAUUACACCUCUUCCGUAUUUCUGUGUUGUUGGUCUUGAGAAGAAUUUGCCUCACACUUCUCAUCUGCAUUUAAUGUUCUAAUAAAAUGUUCUUGCAUCCACAGUUGACACAUUCAGUGGUAAUAUGUAAGAUUAUUUUCUUCAUUACCAGAAAUUAAGUGAGGCAAUGUUCAAAAAAACUUAUUUAUGUGUGGUGAAAUGAGACAAUGCAUUUCAGUAUUUCAUUGAAUGUUACAGUCAGAAAGCAUUUCAUUUAAUAAAUGUUCCUUUACUUUAUUUUGUAUUUUUUAGAGGUUCAUAUGGGUAGUUAGCAUAAAUGGUUCUUGAAGCCAAUGAAGACUGAAGGAAUGUGUUGAAUUUUGUAAAUUAUUUUUAUUUGUUGUACCAUUACGAAAUAAUUGUAUUAUAUUUAUUUUCUGGUUUAAUUUUCAAAAUCUAAAAACUUGCUUACCAACAGUAAGACAAUUAUUUUGUGCCAAAAUAUUUACUUCCAUGUAAAAAAUGUAUAAAUAUUUUACAUCAAGAGGUAUAUUGAACCUUGUUCAUUUCUGUCCCUGGGAAAUUGAGAUAAAUAAAUGGAGAUUGUUCCUUCUAAAACCUUAUUCAUUUACAUGCCCUCAUUUAGUCAUAGGGAUGAAAGAAUUGAGAGAUUUCAAUUAAAAUGAUAAUAUAGCUUGCUGUGAUAAUAUAGUUCUUCUGUUUUACUUCAAAAUUCUUGGUCCCCUAUAUCCUCUAAAAAAACUGCUCCUGAACCACUGAUCCACCAUUCUACUCUGCCUAUCUAAACAGAAAAAAAAAUAGUAUGUUUAACUUGUUAAUUAUGUUUGUAUAGCAAGUGUGUUUUGGCUGUUUCCUGUGAUGCAUUAAUCAGUUUAUCUGUCCAUUCUGUCUACCUCUGGUCACUGUUCUUUCUAUUUAUUUGAAUUACACUAUAUCCUUGAUAAUCAAUCUGGUUUAAUUCUUUUCUUUUGCAAUUGUAUUAAUGUAAAUGUAAUCUAAAGAUUUAUGCUAGAUUUUAUUAUCCCAGUGUAACAGUAUGAUUUGUAGUUUUAUGCAUAUGUAUAGGUCUUUGACGGAUUGGAUCUGGUUUAUAGAUUAAAUUAGUUCAUACAAAGUCUGUAAGAAAUUCUUUCUUGAACAAAAUGGUUUCAUGUGACAGCAAAAUUAAGCCCCAAGGUAUAUACAUUUGCAAUGAGGAAAUAGCCAAUAAGGGCAGUAAAUAUAAUUUUUAAAAUAAUAAUUGUUUUUUUCAGAAUUUAAAAUUAAUGUAAACAAUGUAAAGAAAUUACCAAGAAUUGUGUGAACCUGCAGUUUCUGAACUCUUGUUCUGUGAACUGAACAGUGAAUGCAGGUUACUUUUUGUGAAACAUUUCUAGAUUGAAAUUCUAUGGAAUGGAACAAAAUCUGAAGAUGCAAGUGACUUUUGAUCAAAGAUUGUGAUUUUUUUUAGUUUAGUUUGAAUACAUUUAUCAGUACAUUGAAAAUGGAUAAGGUACGAUAAAACCUAUUUCUGGCUUUAUUAAGGUGUUUCUGAACCACAAUAUUUUUAUUAAAACUAUUUUUGUGACAAAAUAAAUGGUGUUCCAUGCCAAUUUUUGGU